AUGUCGGACGGUAAAAAGGUUGCUAUCAUUAUAUACACCCUUUAUGGGCACAUUGCCAAGCUAGCCGAGGCAGAAAAAGAGGGUGUUAUUGCUGCGGGAGGUGAAGCAGACAUUUAUCAGGUACCUGAGACUUUAGGUGAGGAUGUUCUUGCGAUGCUUGGUGCACCUCCAAAGCCAGAUUAUCCUGUUGCUACGACAGCUGUGCUUCAAAAAUACGACUACUUCUUGUUUGGGAUUCCCACUAGGUUUGGUAACUGUCCAGCACAGUGGAAGGCUUUCUGGGAUGGCACGGGUGGUUUAUGGGCUAAUGGUGAAUUAAAUGGCAAAUACUUUGGUAUGUUUGUAUCCACAGGUAGCGGUGGCGGUAAUGAGACUACUAUUACCAACUCUUUGUCGGUUCAUGUCCACCAUGGUAUGAUCUUUGUGCCUUUGGGAUACAAAAACGUUUUCAGCUGGUUAGGUAACAUCAACGAAGUCCAUGGUGGGUCUUCAUGGGGUGCUGGAACUAUUGCUGGUUCAGACGGUUCAAGAUUACCCAGCGAACUUGAGCUUACCGUUGCGAAGACCCAGGGCCAGACUUUCUACGAAACCGUUGCCAAGAAUUGA